AUGGGGGAUUCCCAGCGUGGCUCAGCCUCCAGCUGCUGGGCUACCUUCACCAACUUCUCAAGUAGCCAAAAGGGAAUUCUUCUGUAUACUGAGAUUAUAUUCUGCUUGCUGAUUCUGACCUGCUUCCGUAAUUUAGGACUAGGAUACUAUGCCCUGACGGGGACUGAGAUGAACCUUGCUGUUGUCUUCCUUAUCUUGUACUUGACUGGCCUGCACACCGAGAUACAAUGCAUCAGCUGUCGCUGGUGUGAUUUCUUUCGAACCCUUUCAGCGGCAAUUAUCUACCUGAUCACCUCCAUUUUUGUCCUUGCUGGGAAAGAAACCCGCUCUGAAAUUAUUGAUGGGACAUUGGGCCUAAUUGCUACCUGCCUCUUUGGCUAUGAUGCCUAUGUCACCUCCCCCUGGAAACAGUAAAGACAUACAGCAGCCCCUACUGACCUUGCAGAUGGCCUACUAUAGUGAAUUCCCUUCAUUUCUCUCUGCAGCCUGCAACUCUUCCAUUGAAUUAAUUCCUCCAACCCCCAUAACAUUUACAGCCAACUCCUAGCUCCCUAUGGAGAUAAAAAUGCCUUUAUUGGGAGAAUUUGUCUUCCAGCCUGCCAAUCAACCCUCUUGGCCACCUUUAUGGUUGUACCUAAGUCCCCAUUCUGCAGUAUCCAAAGGAAGAGGCUAAUUCUGCCUGGACAGUGCCCCAACCUAAGCCCAAAAUGAAUGAGGAAGGCACCUCUGAUUUCAGACUAACUCUACUCCAAAUAACCUCCUCAGUGUGAGGGGUAGU